GCUUCAGUGUGCUGCCAUUUUUGUGAGGUCGAACCUUUUCAUGUUGGUGUCUUUGGGGGUGUGCCACAUUGUGACACAGUGUGACAGACUGGAUGUGAACCUGCUAACAACAAAGCACAUGGAUGUGAGAAUCUAGUGACUUGGGUUUUUCCUUCCGCAGCUUCGGAUAUGACCUUGAGGGGGCUCCGCGAAAUGUGGAUCACAUCAUGAAAUCCUCCGGAGGAUCUGGGACAAACCUAGAUAUAAACACAAAAAGAGUGAAAAGGCCAUGUUUACAUAUACCAAAGGUCCUUAACCUGCUCCUUCUACUCACAGGUCUUGCUUCCGGUAAAGAGACCUCAACUACGACACCGCCUCAUGUGACAAGCGCUCCGACUUUAGUAGCUGAAUUUCCACCGGCGCCCUCGGCGGACGUUGUUAACCCGGGCCCCGACCGAUCCGCAUUCUACAUUUUGGACAUCGCUGUUGAUGUGACUGGGCCUGUGAAGAAUGAAUCAGAAAUUACUUCCUGGCUCCAGGAGGUGUUCCAAAACAGUCUGGGGAGCUGUGUUUCUUCGCAAACCGAAAACACAACAGCUUUACCCGCUCAGUUGCAAACUGUAUCUGCAAACACUUCAGUCGGGACAACAACUGCCGCAACGACAAACGGGACUCAAAGCAACGUCACGGCCACAGCUAUGUUACAAAGCAACAACACAACUGCAGCCACAACUACACUGCAAAACAGUACAACUACAGCCACAACUACAUUACAAAACAGCACUACAACCAUGUUACAAAACACUACAACUACAGCCACAACUGCAUUACAAAACAACACUGCUGCAGCUGCAAGCACUUUACAAAACAAUAAUACCACUACAGUAACCACAACAUUACAAAACAACAACACUACCAUGACUACUACAACAUUACCAAUCUCAAAUACAGCUACAGCAGUACAAACCUUUGGCACGACUGCAGCUAUAACACUGCAAAUUUCAGACACAAAUGCAGUUAUUACCGUUAAAGGUACACCCAAUGAUGCUGGCAGCAACAGAGCAAAGAUCACAACCAACAAUGCAGCCAAAACGGCAGAAAAAAAUAUUGCCAGCUCGAACAAUGCACGUUUCAUUCGACAAGCCAUCCUUAGCAGCAAAUCAAGUGACUUAUUUCAGGGAAUGGAAGUUUCCUGUGCGAAGAAGACUGAAAUCAGAAAGACCAACUGCUUUGUGAUCUUGGCGCUGAGGCAGAGUGUGGCGCCUUGUUGUAUCCUGCAAACACUCUGUCAUCAAAAUUCCUCUGACAUCCAUACACGGGGGAAAAGAGCCAAUCGUUUGAAUCCCCUAAACAAUAACUGCAGCAGUGAUCAUUUGGAGGAAAACAUCUGUAUUUAUACACAAGAUUCAACCAAUUCAAAAUGUAAAGCGUUUGGGGCGCCUCCGUGUGGUGCAGGUAAAAAUAAAAACUGCAGCUGCGGUGCUUACUGCAAUGGGACUGAUGCAUAUUACACUUUUGAAAUUUCAAUACAAGAUCCUGAGAUGAGCCACACCUACCCGCUGACACUGAUUUCCCGGCUGAACCAGAGCUGCUCUCCAUCAACAAAUGGCUCUUGCGCUUUGUCCUCCACUGCUUCUAAAUACAAGAAUGCCACCGCGGACUGUGCUCAAGCCGGAGCGAUCGCUCAGAUUUGCAGAGUGAUUUUACAGUUGGCUGAAGAAGCUCCCAUCUGUAACGUGUCCGCAGCCAUAACGACCGUGUUUCGGUUGGAGCAGAACGUAACGUUUGAUGGGCGAAUAACCAGAGCAGCUAUCUGUGGUCAUCUAAAUGUCAGUGGCAAUUUGCUAGACUCUCAGUUCACAUGGAUUAACACCACCCUUGAGCAUGCAGAGUUUUGCGCAGCACAGGAAGACUCUCCCCCUUUACUCUCCACCCAAACCUGUCAAUCAGGGGAAAAUGUGGUGGUGCAACUGAAAGAACAGUGUGUUCCAGCGAUCUCACCCACGGCCAGCCCAAAUGUGACAACCACACAACCGAACACCGCCUCCAGCAAUACGACGUCAUCCCCGGCGAACGCAACAUCAGCAUACCCGGACGUCACCACCGCCUCACCAAAUGAAACAGAGAUCCGAGCCAACGCUCUUCUUGAGCUGACCGCCAAUGUGUCCAGACUAAACUCCAGUCAGGUGAACGAGCUUGUGUCUCGCUUGGAGGAUCUGUUGUCGGGCCCCAAUAUCAGCCUGGCUCUGGCUAAUACGAGCAUCCACAUCGUCAGCAACCUGCUGGACGCUUCUGCCGAGACACUGGCCAGCUCCUCCAACAGAAUUAUAAGGAUUGUUGAUACAGUGAGCCUUAAAAUGAUCCUUGAAGAAGAAACAGAGACUCUCUUGUCGCCAGCUUUGGCUCUGUCUGUCAAAGCAGUGGAUGGUAGUGAUUUUCAACAAGUCCUCUUCUCCAUCUCAGACCCCAGCAAUGCACAGGUCCGAGGAGAUCCCAGGUUCCGAAGGGAUGUGAGGAACGACGACUCCAUCCCUCAGGGCUCCAUCACACUGCCCGCCUCCCUCACCCAAAACCUAACCUCUGAGGAGCAGCAGAUGGCCUCCAGAGUCCAUUUCAACUUUUACCAGAAGAGCACUUUAUUUCAGGACAGAUCCUUAGGAAUACGUCGACUUAACAGCGGGAUCAUUGGAGCGAGUUUGGCAGAUUUGACAGCCACAGGACUGCAGGAUGAAGUUAUGAUUCGACUCAGGAACCUGGAACCAGUUCCUGCUAAUUAUGUGGCUACAUGCGUCUUCUGGGACUUCACAUUAAAUGACAGAUCGGGUGGCUGGAACAAAAACGGCUGUUAUGUUCAAAACAGCACAGACAACAUGACAGUUUGUGGCUGCAACCAUCUCACCAGCUUUUCGAUCCUGCUGGACCUCGCCAGGGAGCCUCUAACCAGUCGAGUGCAAGCCACUAUUUUGACCUUCAUCACAUAUAUUGGCUGCGGGAUCUCUGCCAUUUUCCUGGCAUUGACACUCCUCACAUACUUGGCCUUUGGCAAACUGCGCAAGGACAGCCCAUCCAAAAUCCUGAUCCAGCUGUGCGUGGCUCUCCUGCUGCUCAACCUGAUCUUCCUGGUGGACGCUUGGUUGGCUCUGUACCCGGACGCCGUGGGCCUCUGCAUCUCCACCGCCUGGUUCCUCCACUACUUCCUGCUGGCCGCCUUCACCUGGAUGGGCCUGGAGGCGGUGCACAUGUACCUGGCCCUCAUCAAGGUGUUCAACUCGUACGUCCCGUAUUAUAUGCUCAGGUUCUCGCUGGCGGGCUGGGGCGUCCCCAUGAUUGUGGUCGUCAUCGUCAUAGCCGUCGACAAAGACAACUAUGGCCUGGUGUCUUACGGGAGGUUUUCCGAUGACACGACUGACGACUUCUGUUGGCUGAACAACGACAUCGCCUUCUUCGUGGCGGUGGUGGCCUACUUCUGCGUCAUCUUCCUGUUCAACUUCAUCAUGUUCGUCGUGGUGCUGGUCCAGCUCCAUAUGAUCAAGCGGCAGAACCCGCACAACUCACAGCACCGCUCCACGGGACAGAACGUGCGCAGUGUCGUGGGCAUUACAAUCCUGCUCGGCCUCACCUGGGGCUUUGCCUUUUUUGCCUGGGGGCCCCUCAACCUGCCAUUCAUGUACCUCUUUGCCAUCUGUAACGCCUUCCAAGGUUUCUUCAUAUUCGUGUUCCACUGUGCGAUGAAGGAUGUGGUGAGGAGGCAGUGGCAGACAUACCUCUGCUUUGGAAAAAUUAGGCUGGCUGAGAACUCAGACUGGAGUAGCACGGCAAUCCAGAAGAGAGCUACGUCCCUUUCCUCACCGCCGUCGUCACGGUCCAACAAGUCGUCCAGUUCGUCGUCUUUCCUCAGUCACAACUUGCGGCUGACUCACGGCAUAGGAAAUCCAUUAGAAGACAGAACCAUCACCGCUGACGAAGAACCCAGCCUGGAUGGCGUCCUCAACGACCUCAACAGGGAGCAUAGAAACCACCAGCCACCCUCACGCACACAUCCACAUUAUACUUAGUAAGCAAUAGCCAUGUUGAUUUUAUAGCAUUUUCAAUGGGCACAUUAAAAAUCUCCAUUAAUAUAGCUUAUUUUUUGUAUCCAAUUUUCUACAUUCAUGCUUAUCAGAAUCCCUGCCGGACUCUUUGUUCCUUCUGUGUGAGAUACAAAUCGAUAAAUAUAUGUGAUGCUUUAUUCGCUAAAUCCUCAAGAGUAUUAACCAAACCACAGAGGCGUCAUGAAUAUUUGGACCAAACACUUGGACCUUUCAUUAGGCCGAAUAAUGAGAUAUCACAAAUUUUAUUUUGCUCAUUCAUGAAGAGAGGGUAUUUGUUCAAGAGGGUUUAAAAUAAGUUUCAAUCUUAUAAGCUAAUGCAAUGCAAAAUUACCCAUGGCUUUAUCUUUAUAAUGGCAUUUUAUGGCCAGUGUAUGAUACAAAUGUAUUAGUUUCUUUCAACAACAAAAAAAACCACUUUGAGCCAAGUGAAUCCAGCAAUGACUAUUUAAUCAUUUGGCUUCAACUGUUUGAACCAACCCGUUUUAAAAUUUGACUGAACCAUGCUGGCAUCUUUGUCAGACUUCCAUCACAACCAGAUGUAGCGGACAUGCGCGCCGCAAAUCGAGGUGCCACAGAGACUCGCAACCACCCAAUUCUCCACGCUGCCCUGCUGUGAGACAGCGACUAGGACAGUGCCUGGUGUACGUCAAGUGGACCUUAACCUAAUUAGCAGCUUCCCAUCAAAUCUUGAUUCCCGUCUUCAAAAGACUGCCUCCCGGACCACAUGUUUGGGGGAGAUAUAUUCAAACCUGCUCAUGGAGGGGCCACCCGUGGACGCGCCUCUGUUUGUUAACGGCAGAUAAAAUGCCUUUUGAUAUCUUGCAAACUCUGUAGAAACAUUCCAAAUGUAUGCCUUGGUGUCUGUGUCACUAUUCUCAGUUCGACAGGUCCUCUGCAAGAUUUUGAAAGCGGUUCAUGAUUUGAAAUCAAACAGUACGAAAUGUUGUAUUGAACAAUAAGCAACCCAUCUGCCACGACCAAAGUUUAAAUAAUGAUUCUAUGCAUGCGAGUACAAAGUUAGGAGUGUUUUAGAUUAUGAUUUUAAACCCAUUUACUCAAAUUUGUAGACAAGAUUCAGGCUGAUGGGUGUGGUCUUCUCCAAGUCGGUAAUUCCUCUUCCUACACCCUGCCUCUGGGGUAUUUAACUAUGAAUUCACACUUUCCUCCGUGAGUUGUCUAGUCUUGUUCCUCCUCUCCUCGUACCUUGCUGGCAACCCCCUCCCCCUUCUUUUUUCUUCUUUGUCCUCGGGCGCCUCCGGGAGCCACCACGUGCGCGAACGCCCGCUGCAACCAAGCCGGCGGCGUUUUCGAACGAAGAAGCCGGCCAUGCGGCUCAGAUCGCUUUCUUUAGCGAGCAACUACCGGCAUCCCGUACGCCUCUGAGGGCCAGAGCUCGGCCAGCGGCGGUACCCCCAAACGGGACAACAACUUUCCUUCCCUAUUUCUUUUUAUUUUGUGCAUCUUGUUUUUCUUCAACCAAAACUGCCUCAUUUCUGCCUGAGGUCCGGAGGAAGACCACCCCGAAAGACCAGCUGAUCUGAGUCGACACUGCAAUCUUUACUAUGAUGUACAACAUCAGUGCCUAAUAAUUUUGGAGAAAUUACUAGCUUCACACGAAAUCCCAACUUUGUCUUCUCUCGCUCUGACUCAACGCAGUAAACGGUCACUUAUUUUAGCUCAGCGACCACACACGAUGUCCUCGUUUCCAUUUUCGUACACUUCAUUUUCUUUUUACCCUUAGUGUUUUUUUCCUUUUUGUAGUUGUAGCUGUGUGUUUCAUUAAAUAUAAAAUUAAA